AGUACAUAUCUAUGUAUCUAACUAUGUAUAUGGUGGUGUAUGAUGGUUUUUUUGUGUGUUUACCGUAUGUGGGAGCAACCAUGCUUACAAAACACAUGUCGAAUGUUGUUUUUAUUGGAAAUCCGUUGGAAAUGUUCAAAGGUUCGGGAGAGAAGUGCGAGACAUCUUUGCGCUAAUACCUGAACUUUAUCGCUUCUAUGUAUCUGUUGACCCAUGGUGGCUGUUUCUUGGACCUUCAACUAAAACUACCGUUAACCGCUUGUAAGGAUGCGCUACCCACCUCUGCACUUGCAACCAAGGAAGAAAAGCCCAAUCGGAAGAACUUCCGCUUCCUAGAUUCUCCGCACAUGUUUCCCGAGCAAGAGGUUGAAGGAGUUUCCAGGAGGAGUCCAAAUCCGGACAACAAUCGAGUUUAUGGAGAGCUGAGCUUUUUUGAAUGGAAGUGCUUUGGAGUUGCUUAUAUUGUUAGCGAGAAGGCUAAUGUGUUCUCUUCAGUUCUUGACAGAAACGCAAUGACCUGGGGCAGGAUGUCCGUCUACACAUGUGAAGGAAGAUAA